AUGGAAGGUGACGACUUGCCGUCACCUCAGCCCACGCACGCCGCGUCGAAGACGUUCCACUGGAUCAUGACACUGGGCUUGACGCUGAUUCUUCCCUCGAUCUCUGGCGUGCUGGUGUUUGCCGAGAGACUGCACGCUGCUGUGAUCUUCCAGCUGGUGUCAGCGGCGUACGCAGUGGUUGAGGUGGUGUUCUUGUCGUUCCCUGAUGGCGAUGGUGUUGAGAACAGGACGUCAAGGGGAACGGGCGUGACGUUUAUGCUGAUGAGUGCCGUCACCGUGGUGUUUGCCCUGGUGCACUCGGGCUCCAAGGUGCUGCAGCCAAAGGCCAUGGGCAGGAUAGCACACAUGGGCGAAAGAAGCGUUAGAAUCGUGCACAGAGCCCUCAGCGUGCUGGUGACCCUUGUAGGAUGGGUCCGUGUUUGUAUGGCGCCGAUUGCGCUGUUUGGGUUCUGUAGGGACAAGCACACUGGCCAGUGUAUUGCCCAUGGAAUCAUGGGCUCAGCUUUCGUGUGGUAUGGCUUUGUCUAUGCGAUGGUGCUGGUGCUGCCCUACUUCAGGGAGUCGAGCCAUCCAAGAUCACAGGAGUUUUAUGACUCGACGCUGAUGAUGGUUUGGGGCGUGGUGAACACGUUCACUGAGCACCGUUGGGGCAAGGAGCCUUGGAACCACGGUGACUACCAACACACUGCAAUGGGCAUAAUUUGGUGGUGUGGUGGCCUGCUGGGCAUGUUUCUCUCCCGUGGAGGCCGUCGCUCCUUCGUGCCAGCGUUGCUAUUGAUAUACACAGGCUGGGCCAUGUCAGAGCACGUUCAGAUGCUACAAGUCAGCACAAAGGUCCAUGCGAUGUUUGGCAUAGUGCUCAUGACCGGUGGUGCGCUGAGAAUCAUGGAGAUCUCAUUCCUGCUGAGAGAUGAGCGUUCAAUCCCUGGUAGGAUCAUGUCAUUCCAGUACCUGCCUUCGUUCUGCCUUGUGGAAUCAGGUGUUCUAUUCAUGGGUGCCAACGAGGAGCAGCUGGAGCUCGUCUUGAGGCUCCACGCUGAUCAUAGCUCGUACAUCAUGGUUGUGACGGGUGGUGCCUUCAUGAUCUACCUGUGGAUGCUCCUGUUACUGGAGCUUUACCAGAGAUUGACACUGACAUCGAACAUCAACCUCUCGAGCUAUGCUGCGUUGGAGAGAGAAGCAGAUGCCAGGGAAUUCGAGUUGGACGAUAUCGAAGAGUAG